UCAACAGCGGUCCUGAGGUCAGAAACUGAUUAGUGAUGAAUGAUGUACAGGGGUGGGCUACAGUCUCUAAUUGUACACCUAUACAGUGACCUAUUAAGUAGUCAGUGACUAUAAAUUAUUCAUCAGUAGUGUAUGCUUACCAGGUAACAGUCAAAGUCUCUCGCCCUUCUCUCUCUCUCUCUUUCUCUCUCUCUCUCUCUCUUUCUCUCUGUCAGUUUGACUCUGUCAUUCUCCUGCCCUCUCUCUCCCUCCCCUCCCUUAUUCUGGCGCUUAUAAACAGAGGUGCUCUGUGCAGUCUGUCCAGCUCUACAGCCCCAUCCACUCUCCUCACGCUCUCCUUUAUCCUCCUCUCUCUCUCUGUCCCGGAGUGAGUGAACUCCUCUAUUCUGCAGUCGGCUCUUCUUCUCGGUGCUCUCUGUCAGCCUGGCUCCAAUGGAGGACUACCAUAAACCCGACCAGCAGACUCUGCAGGCGCUGCGCAACAUCGCCAACCGGCUCCGCAUCAGCUCCAUCCGGGCCACCAGCGCCGCGGGAAGCGGUCAUCCAACAUCAUGCUGCAGUGCGGCAGAGAUCAUGUCUGUGCUGUUUUUCCACACCAUGAAGUACAGACCAGAUGACCCGCGCAAUCGCAACAACGACCGCUUCAUUUUGUCCAAGGGUCAUGCUGCUCCAGUGUUGUAUGCAGUCUGGGCAGAAGUAGGUUACCUGAAAGAGAGCGAACUGCUCAACCUCCGGAAGAUCGACUCCAUCCUAGAGGGCCACCCUGUUCCAAAACAGCAGUUUGUGGAUGUGGCCACAGGUUCUCUUGGACAAGGUCUAGGUGCUGCGUGUGGAAUGGCUUAUACCGGAAAAUACUUUGACAAAGCCAGUUACCGUGUCUUCUGUUUGUUGGGCGAUGGUGAGAUGUCUGAGGGCUCGGUGUGGGAGGCCAUGGCCUUUGCUUCAUAUUAUCAGCUAGACAAUUUAGUGGCCAUUCUGGACAUCAACCGGCUGGGCCAGAGUGACCCCACGCCACUGCAGCACCACGUGGAGAAGUACCAGAAACGCUGCGAGGCCUUUGGAUGGCAAGCCAUCAUAGUAGAUGGUCACAGUGUGGAGGAGCUGUGUAAAGUUCUGUGCCAGCCACGCCACCAGCCCACUGCCAUCAUCGCCCAGACCAUCAAAGGAAAGGGCAUUCCAGCGGCAGAGGAUAAGAUGGGCUGGCACGGUAAACCCCUGCCCAAGGACAUGGCUGAGAGCGUGAUAAGGGAUCUACAGAGCCACAUUCUGAACAGCAGCAAGCGUCUGUACCCGCCCGCACCUGCUGAGGACACUCUACCGGUCAGCCUGAAGAACAUCCGCAUGCCCACCGCACCCAGCUAUAAACUCGGAGACAAGGUUGCCACGAGGAAGGCAUACGGGAUGGCUCUGGCUAAACUAGGACGCUACAAUGACCGUGUCAUCGCUCUGGAUGGAGACACAAAAAACUCCACCUUCUCGGAAAUCUUCAAGAACGAAUGCCCUAACCGCUAUGUGGAGUGUUACAUCGCAGAGCAGAACAUGGUGAGUGUAGCAGUUGGUUGCGCUGCUCGGGAUCGCAAUGUCGUCUUUGCCUCCACGUUUGCCACAUUCUUCACCCGUGCCUACGACCAACUGCGUAUGGCUGCCAUCUCAGAGAGCAACAUCAACCUCUGCGGUUCACACUGCGGUGUGUCCAUCGGAGAGGAUGGUCCCUCUCAGAUGGGCCUGGAAGACUUGGCUAUGUUCCGAGCCAUUCCCACAGCGACUGUGUUCUAUCCUAGCGACGGAGUGUCCACUGAGAAAGCUGUGGAGCUGGCCGCUAACACAAAGGGUCUUUGUUUCAUCAGAACUAGUCGCCCAGAAAAUGCCAUCAUCUACAACAACAACGAAGACUUCCGUGUGGGACAGGCGAAGGUCGUAUACAAGAGCAAUGAUGACCACGUCACUGUGAUUGGAGCAGGGGUCACUCUGCAUGAGGCACUUUCGGCAGCUGAGCAGCUAAAGAAAGAGAGGAUCAAUAUCCGUGUGAUUGACCCAUUCACUGUUAAACCCCUGGACUCAAAGACUAUCAUAGACAAUGCCAAAGUCACGAGGGGUCGCAUCAUCACUGUGGAGGACCACUACCAUGAAGGUGGUCUUGGUGAGGCCGUGUGUUCAGCCGUGGUCAGCGAACCUGGUUUUAUGGUGCACCGGCUGGCCGUAGCUCAUGUCCCACGCAGCGGAAAACCCAGCGAGCUGCUCAAACUGUUUGGCAUUGACCGUGACGCCAUCGCCCAGGGAGUCAGGAAGAUGCUCAGCACCGCCACAAAUGCCAAGUAACCCCAAAACUUGGCAACCGUAUGCGGUGACCCACGGCAACAACGUGAAGAAAGCAAUGCCUGCCUUCCCAUUGUCCAAUGCGGAAUAAGGGCAACAAAAUAUGAAACAAAGAGAAGGGAUAAAGAAAGAAAACAGUGUUUUUUAUUUACUGUCACUGGUGUGGUUUUAUUCAUUCUCGUCCCAGGGUUUGUAUUAACUGUGUGAACUAUGAUUUGUCACUCCUAUCCCCAGAAAAGUAGUCUUGUUUACACAAUAUUUCAACAUUUUGGCAUGCUAGCCAGCAUCUAACCCCCGUAUCACUCAAAUGGUGGUUCGUUCAAGCCUAGAAAAGAAUACUUUUAAAGGGGAAUUGUACACAUUAAAUCAUUAAGAUGUAAACAAAGUCAUUCAGAGAGCCAUUCUGGAGAAACCAAGUCAAGAUUGUUCACAUUUGUGGUGAUAGGAACCAGACAUCCAAAGCGUUUAAAAAUAUGCAUCACAGAAUGUUAUUACAUGAAAUGAAUACAUUGCUUGAUGUUUUCUGAUAGUUUUGAUAAGGUUUUGGCCUAAACCUCCACUCGUGGUAAGAGGAACAUGCAGGCUGUUGUAAGACAAAAUAGUACCCAAAGAAAAUUUGUUUUUCAUAUAAAAACUCAGUUCGGUGGAUAGCAAAUAUUAGACAUUACAACACCUUGUUCUUAUCAUCACCACUGUGAAA